AAGCAUUCGUAAAUGUCAUCUGAAAACGAGUGAACAGCACUGUUAUAAUAAAACAUGGCAGCCGUAGGUGCUUUUGUUGUCUUUUCUGGCAUUAUUUUUGUUCUUUUUAUAUUAGGACUUCACAAUUUUUUGACAGGCUACGAAGAAAAUGGAUGUGAAAUGACUUACAUGUUCGAAUAUCCUCAGUACGUUCGGAUUUCACUGCCAGCUGAUGUAACUCGAAGAUACAAUCGUUAUGGGCUAUAUGCAUAUGGUGAAGGACAGAAGACAGAGAAACUACGGCUAAUGAAAUUCAGCGGUAUUCCAGUUUUGUUCAUUCCUGGAAACAGUGGAUCACAUAAACAAGUACGUUCACUGGCAUCUGUGAGUCUUCGGAAGACAUUGAAUUCUCAUACACCUUUCCACUUUGAUUAUUUCUCGGUGGACUUGAAUGAGGAGUAUUCAGCAUUAUUUGGUGGUGUUCUCAAGGACCAAAGAGAUUUUGUUCACCAUUGCCUUCACAGAAUACUGGAACUAUAUCAAAACAAUGAAAAUAAACCCACUUCUGUUAUACUUAUUGGGCAUUCUAUGGGUGGAAUGGUUGCAAAGGGCUUAUUUUUGGAACCCAAUUUUGAAAAGAGUCUGGUUCAUGUAAUUAUCACUCUAGUAACUCCACACAAAAGCCCUGUGCUUGCACUUGACUCAUUCAUAGCAAGAUAUUAUGACAGUGUCAAUACAUAUUGGAAAGCUAAUAGAAGAGCAGACAGAGAAGCAAACCUUAGUCAUGUGACAUUUGCAAGUAUUGGAGGAGGUCAUAGGGAUAUUCUAGUCAGAUCUGGAUUGACUCAGACUGGAGAAGCUGAUGUUAAUGUUGUGAGCACUGCAGUGCCCACUGUGUGGUUUUCAACAGAUCACCUUUGCAGUGUGUGGUGCAAGGAACUGGUGCUUGUGAUUGUUAGAUCACUGUUUGAUAUUGUGAACCUCACCACAAAACAGGUGUCAACAAAUGUGCAGGAACGCAACUUAGUCUUCCACUACCAUAUGUUACAGAGAACAGCAGGAAAACGUUUCUCCACUGCAUUCCAUCCUCAUAAUGUAUACUUUGACCAAAAUGUGGUCUGGAAGGAGAAUUUACAGCGUCAGUUCACAUUUCAUGAACCAAAUGGAGUUCUUACUGAAACACACAUUAUGAUCCGAUUGCUUGAUGAUCCAAAGCAUGAAAUGUUGGCAGUGGAAGCUGUCAAUAUUGAUGACAAGGAUUGGGUUUUUGCAUGUGUUGCUAAUGCUUUUCAUAAUGAAGUUAGGAUGUGUCACAAUGGAAUCAAUUUGUCCAAUGAGACAAAAUUUUUGCCAUCACACCAUUUGAAGAGGAAGUUUGUCUACCUAAGUCUAUCAGCCUUGAAACGUAAAUCAUUUACGCAUGUCAUUAUACGAGUGAAACCAACCAGAGAAAUGGUUCAGUUUAAUGUUGACAUCCAUUCCUCAAGUCGUCACAUAGCUGUUUCUCUGCCAAAGUGGGUGUCAUUCAUGUCGAAGUCUGUAGUGCUGGACUUGACAUAUGACCAUGCUGUGUAUUAUGAGCUUACGCUGCCAGGGUUUGAGCAAACCUGGCAAGCAUACCUGCUUCAUGUCAAUCCCCAGGAGUGUCAGAAAACUCCACACCACUCAGUGGCAACAAUGAGGGUGCCCUGGAGUAGGGAAGAUGUACAUGUUCAUAUCACAGAAAGUGUUCAUAAACCACUACGCUUAAAACUUCAGACUCUGAAACCUGCAUCAUACAAUUCAAGCGACUCUGUUAAAGUCACUUUGGUUUUGGAUCCCAAGUGUAAAUACUCUGUUAGAAUUCAGAGUGGAAUGCUGGACAGUUUGGGGCAGCUGGCUCGGUUUUACAGUCCAAUGCUGUUAUCGCACCUGGUUGCCAUAUUGCUGCUUACUCUGCGUGAACAGCUGCGCACCAUGAUGGAAACUGGACAGUGCAUUAUGUUUCACACAGCACUAGGUGCUGGGGCAAAGCCAUAUUACAUUCUUCCAGCUGUGAAGAUUGGAGCACGUGUGUUAGGGUGGAGUGUGUUUAUGAAGCUAAUGCAUCCACUACUACCACUACCUGACCUCAUAGUUCUGCAGGACCAGAACCUGGAUUUUCUGCUUCUCUCUCUUUAUCUCUAUGUUGUGGCAUAUGGGGCAGCAUACUUUCUUGGUUUGUGUUGCUGGCUUGCCAUUGUUUUCAGUGGCCACACUGCACACAAGAUGGCUCUUAGGUUCCUGGCCAGGUCUCUGACAGGAACAUUGACCUUGUCAGAAUGGGCCAUGGCAGGGCUGUCAAAGUUACCUGCAGCUGUGGCCGCAUUCCUCAUAGCUCUUACAUGUAGCACAUGCGGUGCUCUCAGCCUGUGUGUUGGUGCUGCUUUCUUCUUCCUCAAGCUUUGCAGAAUUUAUGAAGACUACUUGGAAGAUUUAUUUAAAUGUUCACUAAAGCUGGUACUGGGGAUGCAAAAGAAGAACGAAGCUUCCGAGAAGCCACAGAGUUCAACAGUUGGUGAUGAUGAUCAUAAUAACAGUAAGAAGGAUGCCAUUGUUACAAGUUCAACAGAAAGCAAUGUAGUUGAUGAUAAAAAUAGGAACAAUGCACAGACAGAGACAGAAACCCAGCAUGAUGUCUUACCUGAUACUGAUGUUCAAGAAAAAGCUGAUACAUGUCAGACUGAUGGAACUAUAGAGAGUUCGUCAAGUGUUGAAGAUGACUCUGGCAGGGAAUGUGAAGAGCCUGCAACUAAGACUUCUUCUGAUGUUAAAGUAGAAUUACAAUCCAGUGAGAACUCUGAGUAUUCCUUCUCAGAGCUUCAUUUCAGUUUCACUGCAUUCCUUUUGUGGCUAUCAGUCACACUGCAAAAUGUUCCCUGUGUUCUUGUCUGGGCACAUAACUACAGGUUCAAUGUGAAAUUGGAGCCAGAUCCAUCAUUUGAAACAUCCCUCAUUUUGUGUUUCUGUUUUGGCAUCCUGUGGCAAGGAAAGUUUCCAAGACCUAACAUGAAAUAUUAUCGGUGGGUGAUGCACUCUCUGUACAUUCUAGCAAUCUUAACACUUAUAUAUGCCCCACUUUCUCUUCAUAAUCUUGGCCCAAUUGUAGCCACAGCUUUUGUAGUCAUCACACUACAUCAAGUAUUUGCUGGACUGGUAGUAACUUCUACAGCUGAGGAUAAUCCAUUAGUGGAAAACCAGUUGCCUUCUUCCACCACUACUGAACAAGAGUAAACUGUUUAUAUUUUGAAUAUGACAGAAAACAAUCUAGUCUUUUACAGAUGCAGUUAUUGAAUAUGACCUUAGAUUGAAUUGAGCUUAGCAGUUCAUCUAAACUUAACCAUGUGCUGUUGUCAAAAUUUUGUUCAUCUCUCUGUCUUGUCAUGACAUGAAUGUGAAAUUGUUAAUGGUUAGUAAUUAAAAUGAGAGUAGAGCAUAAGGAUUUUAAUGACAUGUAUGAUUUGAGGUUCUCUCAGCUGUGAGUAAGAUGAUAGAUGUCUUCUGGGUUGUAGUGCCAUGUAGUCUGAUAGAAGUUUACCAUCAUUUCAGAGGGCCUUGUUGCCUCAAUUAUCAGGAACUCUGAAACAUUAGUAAACUUAUACCAAACAACUUGGCACUACAAUCCAGAAGACAGCCAUCUCUGAGUGACAUAUGCUUUAUGAUUAUGUAUGAAAGAGGGCAUAUCUGUUCUGUAAGAAAAAUAUUUAUAUUUAGUGAGAAGAAGCAUUUAACAGAGCUAGGUUAAAUAUAGUAAAUUAAAGGUUGCAAAAAAAAAAAUAGUAUUAAACGUGACUGAAGUUUUAUAUACAGGUGGACAAAAUACAUGAUUACUGGGAAAGUCUGUUAAAAUAGUUGCACAAGAUAUUUGCAGAUUUAAACUUCAUAUGUUUGAAAAUACCUCAAAUAAAUAUGAAUUUAUUUAAAAUUGUGAAGUUUAACUUUUAGAAUGAAACUUUUGUGUCUGAAAACACAACAAAACUGUCAGAACAUUCUGAAGAGGAAUGAUGUACUGAUUAUGGUCAACUGUGUUCAUAUAAGGACCAUGUAAUUUUCUGGAAAUUACAUUUCAUUAGUUUUAGUUUAGAUUAAUUUUAACAGGUAUGAUCUUUGACAUAACCAUUCAUAUUUUAAUUCUCUCAGACCUACUUAAUUGUAUUGUAACUAUUACUGCAUUUAUUUAGCGGUGGUUUAUUGUGUUACACCUGGUUGGUGUAAGAAAUGCGCAGUUGUAAUGCAUUUGCUUCUUAGUCAAAAAUUAGUAUUCUUUAUUCUAAGAGAUAGAUGGAGAGACAAUGUACACAUCACACAAAACAUUGUCUGCAUAAAGUGAGUUGCUUUAUUUGUUUUGUACAAAAAAGUUUGGUGAUUGAAAAAAAGCUAAGGACAGAUGGUACUUGGAAGUAUGUUUGACUGUGAUUCUUAAAAUGAACAUGUGUGUAUAGUGAUUAGUUCCUUUUUUUCCCCCUUUUUAAUUUUGUGAAUUGCACUUUCAUUAUUUCAUCCUACAAAAGGAGAAGUUUGUAAUUUUUUUAUUAAAACAUCUUUACUACAUUCAUUCAUGACAUGUGUAUAGUGAUUAGUUCCUUUUAUUUUAUUUUUUUCGUUUUUAAUUUUGUUAAUUGUAUUAUUUCAUUACUUCAUCCUACAAAAGGAGAAUUAUGUAAAUUUCUUAUUAAAACAUCUCUAGUACCUUCAUUCA